ACUGUUGACCACAACGUCCAAAGUAAUAAUCUCCAAAACUAAUUGAGAGUUGAACCGAAUAAGUCUUUGGUCUUUGAACUAUCAUGCCGACGAGCUCGGAUUAAUGGCACAGUGAUUGUCACUUACAUGAGUCACUGGCCGCCUUGCAUUGAAUUUGUACUGCGCAUACAGCUACAGGCGCGUUUGGUGCACAGGCUACCACAAGGAGACAUGGACGUUUCUAAAUAUAAUGCAAUAAUGCAAUUGGCAAUGUCCGAUUGGUCCGCGAAUUCCCCGGCCGGCCAUGCCUCGUCAUUCUCUAGAGUCAGCGUUCCGAGCGACGUCUUGAAAUAUUGGUUGUAUGUGGGCUGAAAAGUGGCUGCUUGAGUGCUCCUAGCUAAAACGGCCAGGACUGUUGACGACUCGCGCUGGUAAUUAUGCGCAACCCAUUGCAUCCAGCUCCUGCUCCUCCAGCUUUCGGCGAAGGGCAUACUGUACCUGAGGAAAGGUCUUCGUAAGUUUUGUAUUUUGUGUUCUGUCUUGGCAAGUGGCGUAGUAGAUCUGUCCCCACGUCGUAAAUACGUCACGAAACUGCAAACGAUACCUCGAGCAAUUCUUAUAUCUAACUGACGGCAUAUUCUCCAAGGAUCCUUUCGAAGCUCAUAUUCUCCUGGCUCGAUCCAUUUCUAUAUGUCGGCUUCUCGCGCCCUUUGCAGAAAGACGGUAAGCAACUUGGUAGGUGUUAUAUUUAUCUAACAAGACUUUCGCAGAUCUAUGGCAAUUACCCUCACAGCGGCUGACAUCCAGCUUGAGUGCAGAAGUGGAGAAGAACUUCUAUGGACGGUGUCCUCCCGAACAACGCCCAGCGUAUAUGCGAGAUACCCCGUCCCAGAGAGAAGACGACCAGUCGACGAGUUCUCACUCUGGAACGGAGAAAGCAGACGCAGAUAUAAUUGAGAAUGGAGAGAAGGCCACAAGAAAAGGACUAAGAUCGCCCAAAUACGACGCCUCCCUGGUGAAAGCCCUUCAUCGAACAUUUUUCUGGCGUUGGUGGGGAGCCGGGGCACUUAAGUUAUUCUCAGAUACUCUGAAGACGACAACGCCUCUCUUGAACAAGGUCUUGCUGACUUGGCUGACGAAUUCGUACAUCUAUUAUCGGGCAUCUGAGGAUGAGCGUGCUGCAGGAAACCUUGAGAAGCCUCAAGGUGUCGGUUAUGGCAUCGGUUUGGCAUUUGCUCUGUUUGUUAUGCAAGAAUCUGCGAGCUUGAUGACGAAUCACUUCAUGCAAAUGACUAUGACCACGGGCUUGUCUAUUCGGACGGCGAUCAUUGGGACCAUAUUCCGAAAAUCUUUGCGUCUUAGCGGGAAGGCUCGUUUGGAUCACAGUGUCGGACAAAUUACGACUAUGAUCUCAGCUGAUGCUACGAGGCUGGAUCGUAGCAGUUACAAUAUUCACAAUUUAUGGGUUGCACCCAUCCAGAUCGCCAUCGGUAUUGGUCUCCUCAUAGGCAAUCUCGGAUAUUCUGCGCUAGUUGGUCUUGGAGUCCUGAUUUUCGCAUUUCCGAUCCAAUUGGUACUCGUUCGCACCAUGUUCCGACAACGCAAAAAAGGUGUCAAAAUAACGGACUCUCGAGUGCGACUCACGACGGAGGUAUUACAAGGCAUUCGUUUGAUCAAGUUUUAUGCUUGGGAAUCCUUUUACACCAACCAAAUUGGCUCUCUCAGAGCAAAGGAAUUGAAGACUAUCCGUAAAAUGGCAUUUGCUCGGUCUUUGAUCCUCUCGUGCAUGAUCGCACUUCCUGUCUUCGCCUCUGUAUUGUCCUUCAUCACCUACGGCUUGAGUGGACAUGAACUGAACAUCGCCACGAUUUUCACGUCCUUGCAAUUCUUCAAUAUCAUUCGAGCCCCUCUCGCAUUCUUCCCUGUUGUCAUCGCGUCUGCGUCAGAUGCCGUCGUUGCACUGGGUCGUAUCUCCAAGUUCCUUAUGGCAGAAGAGAUCGCCGAGCCGUAUACCAUCGAGCCUAACAGCAAAUUUGCUGUAGAUGUAGAUGCCGAUUUCCGUUGGGAGACUGCAUAUAAGGCUGCCUCUGGAGGACCGAAGUUUGCUCGCGGAAAAGCGGCUGCGGCAAAGACAACUCAAAAGAACGUUCAGGCUAAAAAUGCCGAGAAGCCUCAGUCAUCAGGGAAAAGAAGUUGGUUCUCCAAGAGGAAAAAUAAUGAGAAUGUCUUGCCCACGACUAGCAUCGAGGAGUCAAAGCAAGAAGAGAUCGAAGAGAAGGACGAGGAUAAGCCAUUCGCCUUGCAUGGUCUGAAGUUGCAGAUUCCGAAGGGCUCCUUCGUUGCAAUCGUAGGUCGCGUUGGCUCUGGCAAGAGUUCACUUCUGCAAGCGCUCAUCGGUGAAAUGAGGAGAACAAGAGGCGAGGCUCACUUUUCUUCGUCUGUUGCCUAUGUCCCGCAGACGUCUUGGAUCAUGAAUGCUACUCUCCGCGAGAACAUCCUCUUCGGUCGUGACGAUGAUGAGGAAAGACUUCAAGAAAUCAUUCGUGCUUGUUGUCUCGAGCAUGACCUCGAAAUGCUUCCCCAUGGUGAAGAUACUGAGAUCGGCGAGAAGGGCAUUAAUUUGAGUGGUGGCCAGAAGGCCCGGGUCUCUCUCGCUCGUGCGGCUUAUUCGGAUGCAGAUAUCGUACUCAUGGACGAUUCAUUGAGUGCAGUUGAUGCUUACGUCGGGAAGCAGAUUCUCGAGAAUUGUCUCCUAAACGGACCCCUGGCUGACAAGACUCGUGUCAUGGCAACUCAUGCCUUACAUGUACUCGACAAGACUGACUACAUAUAUGUGAUGGACAAUGGCGCAAUUGUCGAGCAGGGUACUUUCCAGGAUCUCAUGGAUGACAACGGAAUGUUUGCACGCCUUAUGGAUGAAUAUGGUAGCUUGGAGAAAGAGAAGGCCGGGUCAGAAGAUGUGAAGGAGCGUAAAGGGAAGGCCCUUUCUGGUGCUCUGGAACCGAAGGACGCAAAGAAGGCUCAAGCUGCGCUCAUGCAGCAAGAGGAACGUAUGACUGGUUCAGUUGCAGGAAUGGUGUACGUCAAGUACUUUCGCUAUGCUGGAGGCGUGUUGUUACUGCCCUGGCUUUUAUUGCUCCUCACGGCGUAUCAAGGCUCAAUGGUGGCCAACAAUCUUUUCUUGGGCUUCUGGACAUCGGAAAGCAUUCACGGGUUCUCUCAAGGGGAUUAUAUGGCUACAUAUGGAGGCCUCGGCGCAGGCGUUGCUGUUUUCUCUUUCCUGCUCAGUUUUUCGAUCAGUGUGGUAACGCUCUCGGCUGGUCUUAGUAUGUUCAAGACUGCGUUACUCUCGGUACUGCGGUCACCCAUAUCGUUCUUCGACACUACACCUAUGGGUAGAAUCAUGUCUCGCCUUUCAAAAGAUCAAGACACGUUGGACAGCGAAAUCGCUAUGACAGCAUUCCAGUUGUUAUCAAACGUCAGCUCUGUCAUUGGAACCAUUGCACUGGUCUUCUACACAUUCCCUUAUCUUGGCAUUCUCUUUGCACCUCUAGGAAUCUUCUAUACAAUGGCUGCCGUUUACUACAGGCGCACAUCUGUUGAAACCAAACGGCUUGACUCCCUGAUGCGUUCAGCACUGUAUGCCUCUUACUCAGAAACUUUAACGGGCCUGAGCACGGUUCGUGGUUACGGCGAGCAGAGCCGUUUUAUACACAAGGCGGAAGAAGGGCUAGAUAUGGAAAACAGAGCCUAUUACAUGACCAUUUCUAUACAACGCUGGCUGAGCGUUCGCCUGGAUCUCCUCGGUAACCUUCUUAUCCUUGGAAUAGCUCUAUUCUCCGCCGGAUUCCGCAAAACAGUGAGCCCUUCAAAAAUUGGUGUAGUGUUAUCGUACACUCUGAGCAUCACUCAGUUCUUUUCCGAACUCGUCUCAUCGUAUGCUCAGAAUGAACAGAACUUCAAUGCCGUUGAGCGUGUUCUCUACUAUACUGACCUACCCUCAGAGGGCGAUGCUACGACACCCAACGAUCCUCCACCUUUAUGGCCCGAUCAGGGUGCUGUUGAGUUCAAGGAUGUCGAGUUGACCUAUCGCGAUGGGCUACCGCUUGUGCUGAGAGGCGUCACGUUCAGUGUCAAGCCUGGGGAGAAGGUCGGUAUCGUGGGGCGAACAGGCGCUGGGAAGAGUUCGUUGUUACAGGCGUUAUUCAGGAUCGUCAAUGUACAAGGCGGAACCGUCAUCAUCGAUGGUCACAACAUCCGAGAUGUUGGGUUGGACACCCUUCGUAGCCGGCUGGCAUUAGUACCGCAGGACAGUACCCUGUUCAUGGGAACAUUGCGAGAGAACCUUGAUCCUCAAGGGACUCGAACGGAUGCAGAACUCAUCUCGGCGCUCAAACGUGCUUGGCUCCUGCCCAGGGACGGCUCUCCUGUUGACCCUAUCGUCGAGGCCAAGUUCAGUUUGGACGCGUCUGUAAGCGACGAAGGUUCGAACUAUAGUGCGGGAGAGAAGCAGCUUCUAGCUCUUUGUAGGGCUCUGGUGAAAAAUAGCAAGAUUAUUGUCCUCGACGAGGCGACCAGCAACGUUGACGUUGAAACAGAUGCAAAGCUUCAGCGUACAAUUCAGUCAGAAUUUGCGUCUUCAACCUUGCUCUGUAUCGCUCAUCGACUCAACACCAUCGUAUACUACGACCGCAUCAUUGUCAUGGAUGCAGGAAAGGUCGUCGAGCAUGACACUCCAUUGAAUCUCUUCGACAAGGAGGAUUCUAUCUUCCGAUCACUCUGCAACGAGGCGGGUCUGACAAGACAGGACAUCUUGCGCAUUCGUGCCAGUGCCCAGUCGACAAGUACUACCGUUGGAGGAUCCAAGGCUUGAUACGUCUGGCGCCGCACUCUUUUUUCUUCUAUCUUGGAACUAUGAUUAGAUUGAUGAAUUAAUGCUUUCGUACGUUAGAUUAUGUUUUUUUUUGGAACUGCUUUCGUUGCACGAACUCUUAUUAGAUGACUUUCCUGAAUGAUACCAUUCUUGUUAUUAUCUUGCUUUCUCCAAAUUGCGAGGCAGACUCGAGUUGCCCGAACUGCCACUGUGGAACCUGUCUGAAGUUGACAGCAGGCUGAAGACCCACGCGGUCUGCCUACCAAUAUACCCGCACUGGUCAGAGCCAUGCAUCUGGAUGUCCGCGCUCAUGAAGAGACUGUCGAUGCGGGACGACUGGUGCACAGAUCCUAGAAGCACUACGGAAGGAGGUGGUUCGGAUAGUGUCAGAAUAAAGUGCAUCGAAAUGCAUAACCUCCAUAAGCUAAAGAUACAGAAGAUGUGUAAAUUACACAGAUGCAUUGCAGCAGCCCGCCUGCUACCGAUGCAUCAGCCGUGUGCCC